AAGCUAUACUAAAAUGAAUAUCAUUUUCGAAAUUUAACUAAAAUUAUUUUUGUAGACACACAUAAAAUCAAAUAUAUUAUUUUGUACUUCGUAUUGAUUGUUUUCAAUAAUUUAAUGCAAUACAAGUACACUCGUAAGACUCUUAGGAGAUGUAUACAUCUUCUUAGAAACACAGUCUGUUUGAUAGAAAAAGGGGGGAUCCGAGGAUUUCUUAGAACCCGAUUUUCUCAGGUCAUGGGAGGAUCAUGAUGAUCGCUUAAGACCCAAUUUCCUUAGACAUGCAUUUCUUUAUAAAGAGUCUAAAUAAGUGUUGUAUUGUAUUGAUUUAAAUUAUUGAAAAUAAUCAAUACGAUUAACAAUUAAGUAAUUUAUUGUACAAACAAAUAAAUUACGUUAACAAAAUAAAAAUUACAAGUGAUGAUAAAUAAUAUGUACCUUGUGGUCGUUCCAAACGUCUCUUGAACGAUGAUUGUAUUGAUCGUAAAAAAUAGUCAGAUCAAUCAGUCAUUGAUCAACAUAAUAUCGUUGAUUGUAUAUAUCAACAUCCGGCCCAGCCUAUGAUAGCAUAACAACAUAAAUCAAUUAGUAUAUAAAUGAAUAAACCAUGGUAACAACAACAAAAAUUGGGUAAAAUGAGUACGUACCGCUUGAUAAUCAUCAUAGUAAAUACCCUCUUCUUGGAUAAAAUCCGCCAUUUUUUCAGGAUUCGGACAGAGAUUUGACGGUUUUUAGUGAAAACGAAAGAAUUUUUUUUUGAAGGCAGAUCGGACUUAGCCGCAACCAACAAAACAACUACUUCCAAGGUUUUUCGGUGGGGAGGGGGAUGGGUAGAGUGAGAAACUUAGAGAGAGAGAGAGAGAGAGAGAGAGAGAGAGAGAGAGAGAGAGAGAGAGAGAGAGAGAGGAGAUUAGGGGUUUGGUGUGCAGAAAAUGAGAGGAGGAAGUGGGUUUAUAUAGGGAAGGAACCGCGUGCUGGAGGGGAGGUUUGGUCUUUUUACCUCACCAAAAACCGCGCCUCCAGCACACGGUUUACGUUUCCCAAUGCGCAAACCGCGCUUCAGGGCAACGGUUUCCUGUGGGCGACGCGGAUCGCUCCGCGGGCAGGGUGUUAGGCCGUCAGAUCGCCUGUCCAUCGUGCGGUUGCAUUGACCGCCACGUGGAGAUGCGUUUUGUCAGCUGCCCAAUGGCAAACCGCCCCUGGCCCGCGCGGUUUAUAGGAAACUGUGGUAGAUUUGGAAAUUUUUGGGAAUGGGUGGUAUUUUUGUAAUUUUUUUUAAAAAUAGUGGUAAUUUUGAAUUUUUUCCACAAUAAACGUGAAAUUUUAUAGCGAUUCGAGUGAUCAAAUUUGCAAUUAAGCCUUUUUUAAGUUAUGUUAAAGCACGAUAUGCAUAAAUUAUAAUAUCUUGAAAUUUUUAGGAGCGAAUUGUAAUUUUGGUUUACAUGUGAGAUGUGACUGUAAAAUCUUUAUGCAGGUGGGCGACGCCACUAAUCGACUCCGAUUAAAGUCCUAAACUCGAUUGUUUUAUUUUACCCCUUCUCUUUGCCGCCAACUAGGGGAGCCAAUUCAGCAUCCUCCAAACAGCAAAAGGGCUUGAACUCGCUCUCCCGCUCAGUAGACUCGCUCCAGUCUCGACUCCCUCGAAGUGGAAAUUGAAAUUCUGAUCGGCACUCUCCCGCUCAGUAGACUCGCUCCGGUCUCAGUCCUUCGAAGUGCAAAUUCUUCCGUUGCCGUCUUUGCAAUCAGAAAUGGUAUCCCUCUCUCGACGGCGAUUGAGUUAUUGAUGAGAUCUUUCGAACUAGUCUGAUCCCUUUCUCUGUGUUCUCUCUGUUUCACAGAAUUCAGUUCUUGGGCUCUCUCUCUCGUUUCCAGUUCGGUAGACUCGUUCCUCUUUUUUGUUGGCUUUGGGCUCUCCAAACGGAGGAAAGACUCGUGAAAUCGCUCUCCCUCAGUAGGCUUCACUCCUAUCAGCAACCCCUCCCUCGGCGGCGACGGAGCUCCGGUAAGCCUUCGGCGACUACUCUGUGUCUUUCUCGUUCCGUUCUGUUUUCCGGGAAUAUAUUAUUGGGUCUUGCUUGGAUAAUGGCGCGUUUCUUUCCAUUCCCCUCCCCUCUUCGUUGAAUUGCCGUUUGCUUCUGUGUGAUGUACCUUUCAAUUCAUCUCCCGGAUCUUUGAUUACUGAAUUAGGUUUGGAAAGAAAACUCGGUUGUUCUGAAGGGUUUUGUGGGAUGGGUUUCUUCAGAUAGGGGUUAUUCUGUGGUUAUCGUCGAAAGUGAAAUUUGUUGCCUUUCUUUUCUAUGGUUCGAUUGGUUUUUGCCGUGUGAUUGGUCUCUGGGAAAAUUGAGUUGGGAAAAGGUGUGUUGAGCCUUGUCUUUGACUUCUUGGGUUUUUCGAUUUUUCUGGGGGCUUUUGGUUGAUCUUGUGAUUAUAGGUUUCUGAUUUCCCUACUGAGUUUAUGCGCAGAAUUCCUUGAUUUUCCCCUACCUUGUUCACGGCCCAACUCAUUAUCCUAGCAUGUUAUAUUCCAGGUCCUCAAGCACUUGAUACCGGACAGGUUAUAGAAUUGCUUCAGCAGACCACAAACACUGCUAGCUGUUCUGAAAAGAUGUCUAAGUGUUCUGACGAGAUGGUGCUUAAAAACCAUUUGGCUAAGUUCUCGGCGAAGAAGGAAGAAUGGUCUGCAGAGGUGGGGGGAAGUUAUUGCCAUUACAGCUAAGCUUGAAGAUGACAGUGAAGAAAUGCAGCAGUCUAGUAGAGGAGCUGGCUUGGGAAAGUGGUUAUCUCAUGAGCAGUUGCUUCUUCACCGUGAUGACCAUCUGGCAAAGCAAAAGGCUCUGCAUUAUGAACUGGAGGGGAUGGCAGCAUUGAUAAGGGAAAUUAUACUGGAGAAGUACCAUGAUGUACUUGAUGGGGAUACUGAUGUUAGUGCUAAACUAGAGGUAAUUGAUGGAGCUUCAAAUGACCAUGCUGAUCUAGAUGUUAUAGGGAAAGAGGAAGUGGUCAAAGAGUUGAAAAAGGUGGAAAGUGAUCUUGUUUCAUACGUACAACAGAAGGCUGACAUCCUGCAGCUUCUAAAGGAUCCACCAACGGAUUGUGGGCUUCCCAACCUCAUUGAUUACUUCAUUGAAGUUGAACUGGCCAUCAAAAGGGCCAAGAGUACAAGGAAAGUGCUAGUAGCUAAGCUUGGUCCACCGGUGGAAGGAAAUGGCUGUUCUGCUACUGGAGAAAGUUCUGAAUAUGGUGCAGGUUCCGAAGUUCUGAAUGUGGAGAUUCAAUCUAAGCAAGGACUAAAGCUUGUGGAUUAUCCGUCAGAUAGAGACGAAUGAGCUCGAGGAAAUUAUGCUUUUCGGUCUGUGGGAUUGGACAUCAGACGUUUUUGUUUACUUUGGAGAACAGUAGUUUCGAACGUUUACUUUUGGAACUUUCUUACUGUCAUGAGAGUUUAAAAUUUGUUCUCUUGUGGCCAUUUUCGGGAGGUAUGUUGUCUACCUGCAAUGGUCAUGUAAGCCAUAUCCUUUUUGAAGCUAAUGUUGGAGCUCUUGGAUUGCUUUUUUGGAAGCUAAUUUUGUACAAACUAUGAGCGGGACAAGUUUGCAUAUAAUUGUAAGCUCAGAUUUGUGUGGCUAGUUCAAAAGGGUUUCAAUAUACUCUAUCGAAGGUAGAAGAUUUAUGUUCCGUUCUGUUUACAGUGUUGCUCUAAGUUGCAUAAGUUUAUUAAUCAAGUAAUGUGUCCUAGGAUUGAGGGUCUAUGGCCUAUGGGUUAGAUUAUGCAGCAAGGGCUGCUGCUUACCUGGUCUUCUUAAGUGGUUAGUUUGUGGGGUUCCUGAGUCAUAGAGGUGGACAAUGCCCAGCCCCAUUCCAGGCCCAGAUCCUCUCGGCCUCUCCUCUGACCUCUGACCUCUCCCAACUAGUCUCGUAGAGAAGAAACAAGACAAAGACAAGGAUCAGCUAAAGUGGAUGAAGGAAUGGAGAGUACAAUGAUCAUCUUGUGCCCACAAAUUUGAUACGUGUUAAUAUAUAUUUUUUAUAAUCCCUACGUGUUACCAUUUGAUGUUGGUUCUUUUUGUCCCACAAAUGUUAUGCCCAACAAUAAUCCUCAUUUUCAUGUUGGUGGCGGCUUUCUCAUUUUGUUAUUGUUCGCAUGUUGGCUGGGUAUAUACGGGUAGUUCGAGUACUCGUUAUCGGUUCCAUAUGGGUAAUGAUUAUCCGUUAAUCCAUACGAGUUCGGGACAUGUGAUGGAAUUUACUCUCUAAAUGGGAUUGGGUAUCCAUUUUAAACGGGGCGGGUACCCAAAUCUCGUCCUGUUGCCCACCCUUAAUGAGUCACAGGGAAGGAUCAAGUCAAGUGGGGUACUGGGGUGGGACGGGAGGGUGACUGGAAGGGUGAACAGAAUUAAACUGUAACCCAGCAUGUGUUCAACCCGAUCCAAUCCACCGAUAUUUAGUGUUAAAAUUAAAGUUUAAGAUUUGGUCAUGAUUUUAUUUUGUGGAAACCGUCUCUUUUGGGUUGGGUGAGGAUUUUUGUUUAGGUAACCCGUAAAAAUCCGACCUAAUCCAUGUUACUACUAUUUUCCUAAGUACUUUUGGACGUAUUUGUGUUAUAUGCAAACAUAGGUAUAAGAAAAUUAGGAUAUUUGGUCAUGUUUUCUCUAGUGGUCUUGUUAGUUUAAUGCAUUCUUCAACUGGAAAAUUUAGACUUAUAUUCAAUAUAUGCUAUGGUUAGUGUUGUAUUUUUUGUGUACAAAUUUAGAAGUAUAACAUAUUAUGGAUAGGUUGGCUUAUAAUAAAUAACCUAUUAGCUUAUUUCGUGAAUAUUUAUGAAAAGUACUAUAAAUACGUCAUGCAUUUCAUAGAAAUCCAAACAAUAACUUCUAUGCAUUUUGAUGUUUUACCAGUUUAAAUUAGUUAAUCUGUUCUUUCUUAUGAUGUAGAAUAAGGAAGUUGAUAAAGUUCGUCUUGAAAAUUACUAAUGGUCGUCCUGAAAAACACCAAAGUUAUACUUUAGCAAACAAACACCACUUUGACUAAGAAAAUAAAAAAACACUUAUUUUCCACAUUCUCAAGUUCAUCAUCGACAUUCUGGAGUUGUAAUCGUCGGGAGUACGUCCGAAUCAUGAGUAGUGACUCCGACGGGGUCAAGAUCCAUAAAAAAUAGAACAAAUUAAAAAACCCCAAAACCCUCCAAACCAAAAUGUUUUUUUGGUUGCACCAUGGUUCAAACGAAAAUGAGCUUCAGGUGCACCAUAGGCAAACGAAAGUGGGUUUACCUAAAUUUGGGACUUUUUCCAGAAUACCACUGUUUAAAAAAAGAAUUUCAAAAACUGCCACCCCACCCUGCAGUUUACACGAAAACCGCUGGGCGGGGCGCUGUUUGCUAUGCAAACCGCUGGGUUAAAGGGCGGUUAUAAAAACAGUUGGGUGGGGCGGCGGUUUUGGGCCAAACCGCCAACCCACCCAGCGGUUUGGUCCAAAAAAAAAAAUUCGAUCAACUCCUAACUUCGGCCGAAACUUCAAACGAACGUAACUUUGCACUCGCGUAUCCGAUUGUAGCGAUUUUUUUGGAAGCCGAAUAACUUUUUGAGAUCUACAACUUCUACUAGGAUGAAAUUUUCAAAAUAGGAAUUAGUUGUGGAUAUACGGGACGAUGGGAAUAACUUUACCUUUACUUUUCAUAAAUCCAUGUACAUUUCGAAAUUAUGAUUAUCUUGAAAGUUGUAGAUCUUGAAAAGUUAUGUGGAAUCAAAAAAAAAUUCAUGACGUUUGGAUUUUGGAGCACAAAGUUAAGGCCGCCCAAAGUUUGACGAAAUCAAAAAAAGGCUCGUUCGGAGUAGUAAAUGACGUAUUUUCGAGACGAAGGCGGGACGUAGGUUUGCGGCUUGCAAGAUCUCGAAAAGUUAUUCGAAUUUAAAAAAAAAUCGCUACGAUCGGAUACCCGAGUGCAAAGUUACGUUCGUUUGAAGUUUCGGCCGAAGUUAGGACUUGAUCGGAAAAAAAAAUUGGACCAAACCGCUGGGUGGGUGGGGGUUUGGCCUAAAACCGCCGCCCCACCCAGCGGUUUUUAUAACCGCCCCUUAGCCCUGCGGUUUGCAUAGAAAACCGCGCCCCCGCCCAGCAGUUUUUUUGUAAACCGCAGGAUGGGGUGGUGGUUUUUGAAAAAGGGUGGUAUUUUUGAAAUUUUUUGGGGUUGGGUGGUAUUUUUGGAAUUUUUUUUUAACAGUGGUACUUUUGGAUUUUUUCCCCUAAAUUUGCUUCUUUUGAGUUUUUUGUGUAUUUUGGUUUAUACCAAUAUUUUCUAUUCUUUUGCUAUGGUUUAUGGUUUUGUCCAUAAGAUAAUUUUUUGGAGUUUGAUUUAUAUAAGUUUUUUUAUUUAUUGCAUAAUUACUUGUGGAAUUGAAGGAUUUUUCAUGAGAAAUUAAGAUUAGAUGUAUAG